AAGAAAAAAUAUUAAAAAACAAUUAGAACUAGAAGAAAGACAACAAAUUCAAGAAAAAAUUUCUGCUAAACUCCAAAAGAGAAAUAUUAACUUCACCCAAAAUCCUAAGCUUUUUUAUAAAAAAGUUCUUGAAAGAUUUGGCUCAAAUAUCUAUCUUGACAGAUUACUUUUAUCCAAAAUUAAUCUGCUUACUAAACCUCAAGAAAUUAAAAACAAAUACAAAACUAUUUUCAAAACUAUUUUCAAAAACAACUACUACCUUCACUUACUUCUG